GGAAUGCGGCCUCUCUCCUGUAGGGGAACACCCACGCGCAUGUUCCCGCAUCACUCCAUAACCGAGACCAUGAACUACGACGUGAAGGCGUUCGGAUCGUCCCUCCCCGUGAAAGUCAUGGAAGUCCUGGCGUUGGCUGAAGAUGAUGAUCAGCUGACUGUUCGCAUAGAUGAAGGUGGAUGGGCUUGUCUGGUCUGCAGAGACAAGCUCAUUAUCUGGAAGAUUACUCUGUCCCCCAUUUCCAAGUUAUCUGUUUGCAAAGAACUUCAGCUGCCGCCCAGUGACUUCCAGCAGAGUGCGGACCUGGUGGCUCUCUCUUACUCGGCUACCUCGGGUGAAGCGCAUUCUACUCAGUCUGUUGCUGUCAUGGCUGCCACCAGAGAAGGAUCCGUUCGCUAUUGGCCAAGUCUUGCUCGGGAGGAUGCCUACACAGAGACUUGCGUAGAUUCGGGAGGUGAUAGGACUUACAAUUUCCUAACAGCGGUGCAGGGAGGAAGUUUUAUUCUGGCCGCGUCAGGGAGCCAGCUGAUCCGCCUGAUGCCUGAGAACUUGGGGAGGAUCCAUCAGCGGGCCCUGCCCCAGGGCCAAGGCGUGCUCUCCGGGCUGGGGCGGAAGGUUUCUUCUCUCCUGGGCAUUUUGUCGCCUAGCAGUGAUCUCAUAGGCGUGGGCCCCUCCUUCCGCGAGCUGGCUAAGGAGAAGCCUGAGGGUGCCCAGCGGCUCUUAAAGACGCACACCCAGCAUGGUGGCUGGUUCUCCUCCAGGACGCGCCAGAGCCUUGCCCACAGGGAGGGGGGCGUGGGCCCCUCCUUCCGCGACCUGGCUAAGGAGAAGCCUGAGGGUGCCCAGCGGCUCUUAAAGACGCACACCCAGCAUGGUGGCUGGUUCUCCUCCAGGACGCGCCAGAGCCUUGCCCACAGGGAGGGGGGAUCCGAAAGCAACUACGAAGCUAUUAAAGAGGGGGUCAACGUUCGGUAUUUGGAUUUGAAGCAAAACUGUGACGGGCUCCUGGUGCUGGCAGCCGCGUGGCACCCCGCAGACAGCCCCUGUCUCGUCUAUUACUCCCUCGUGACAGUGGAGGACAAUGGCUACCAGAUGUCAGAUGCAGUCACAGUAGAGGUCACUCAGUAUAACCCGCCUUUUCAGUCUGAAGAGUCGGCCAUGUGUCGGUUGAUGGUCCCUGACUUCUCCAACCAGACCACCUACCUGUACAGUGAGAACGCCGUCUUUGUGUGCUCCACCGGCACCGGCAAGUUCUCUCCUCCCCAGGAGAAGAUCGUCUUCAAUACCCAAGGGGACAGUAUUUUAGGAGCCGGUUCCUGUGGUGGUGUCCCGAUCCUUUUUUCUAGAAACAGUGGCUUGGUGUCUGUUACUUCCAGGGAAAACGUGUCCGUAUUAGCAGAGGACCUUGAAGAAUCGUUAGCAUCUUCAGUCGCUGGGCCCAGCAAUGAGAGUAUGGCUUUUGAGACCUCUGCAAAGAACGAGACCAUAGCCCAGGAGGAUAAAACCAGGUUGCUAAAAGCCGCUUUCCUGCAGUACUGCAGAAAAGAUUUGGGUCACGCUCAGGUGAUGGUCGAUGAGCUGUUUGCCUCCCACGCGGAUCUGGACUCCGACAGCGAACUGGACAGAGCUGUGGCCCAGAUCAGCAUGGACCUGGUGGACGACUACCCCGCCUCGGACCCGCGCUGGGCCGAGUCCGUCCCUGAGGAAGCUCCUGGGUUUAGCAACACAUCACUGAUCAUCCUGCACCAGCUGGAGGACAAGAUAAAGGCCCACGCUUUCCUCAUGGACUUCAUUCACCAGGUGGGCCUGUUUGGGCGCCUGCGCACUUCCCCAGUGAGAGGGGCGCCCAUGGCGACGCGGCGGCUGCUCUGUGAGCACGCAGAGAAGCUGUCGGCCGCCAUCGUCCUCAAGAACCACCACUCGCGGCUGCCUGAGCUCGUGAACACGGCCAUCCUGAUCGCUUUGCACAAGCGGGACUGUGACAUCCCGGCCAGCCUGACCCCCGCAGACGUCUUCUUCAGGGAGGUGUCGCAGGUGGAUACGAUCUGCGAGUGUUUGCUGGAACACGAGGAGCAAGUCUUAAAGGAGAUGUCUUUGGAAUCAGUAGAAUGGGCUGAGGUGGUGGUCAGUGUGAACAAUAUUCUCAAGGACAUGCUGCAGGCUGCUAGUCACUAUCGGCAAAACAGAGACUCCCUGUACAGCAGAGAGCCCCUGGAGAAGGAGCCUGAAUACAUUCCGUGGACGGCAACCAGCGGCCCUGCUGGCGUGCGAACAGCAAUAAUGCGCCAACAUGAGAUCGUCCUGAAAAGGGUUUAUCCGCAGGCAGACAGCAACCUCCGGAACAUUCUCAUAGAGCAGGUGGUCGCACUGAUCGACUGCUUCCUCGAUGGUUAUACUUGUCAGCUCAAGUCUCUGGACCGAUCCAGGGAUCAGGAAAGAUUUAACAACCUGGAGACUGAAUACGUGCAGAAGAGGUCAGACCUCUUGUCUCCGCUGCUCACGCUAGGCCAGCACUCGUGGGCUGCUUCAUUAGCAGAGAAAUACUGUGACUUUGAUAUCUUAGUGCAAAUGUGUGAGCAGACGGACAACCAGACCAGACUGCAGCGCUACAUGACCCAGUUUGCUGACCAGAAUUUUUCAGACUUUCUCUUCCGCUGGUACCUGGAGAAAGGGAAGAGGGGCAAGCUGCUCUCUCAGCCCGUUGCCCAGCACGGGCAGUUGGCGGACUUCCUGCAAGCGCAUGAGCACCUCAGCUGGCUGCAUGAGAUUAAUAGCCAAGAAUUAGAAAAGGCUCAUGCAACACUUCUGGGUUUGGCAAAUAUGGAAACUCGUUACUUUGCAAAGAAGAAAACCCUUCUUGGCUUGAGUAAAUUGGCUGCAUUAGCUUCAGAUUUUUCAGAAGAUCUACUGCAAGAGAAAAUUGAAGAAAUGGCCGAGCAGGAGCGCUUCCUGCUGCACCAGGAGACGCUGCCCGAGCCGCUGCUGGCGGAGAAGCAGCUGAGCCUCAGCUCCAUGCCCGUGCUGACCGCGCCGCAGCUCAUCAGCCUCUACGUCUGCGAGGAGAACGGAAGAGCUAACGAGUAUGAUUUCAAGAAGGCCCUGGACCUGCUGGAAUAUAUCGACGAGGAAGAAGAAAUAAAUAUAAACGACCUGAAACUGGAAAUCCUUUGCAAAGCUCUUCAGAGAGAUAACUGGUCCAGCUCUGAUGGUAAAGACGAUCCAAUUGAAGUAUCGAAAGACAGCAUAUUUGUGAAAAUCCUACAGAAACUUCUGAAAGAUGGCAUUCAGCUCAGCGAGUACCUGCCCGACGUGGAUGACCUGCUUCAGGCCGAGCAGCUCGGGGGCCUGAAGGCCAGUCCCUACUUCGCCUUCGUUUUGAAAGCAAAUUACGAAUAUUACGUCCAGGGACAGGGGUGACUUCCGGAAACGCCGUCAUCGCCGGGACUCGGCGACAGCUUCGUGGGAAAACGAUUGGCCUUAACCACCGGGCUUUCCGUGCCGUCUCACCUGUUCCGAUGCACAUGUUAGACUUUACCUGGCAGCUCCAGCAGCGCAGCUGUGCCCACCGUCCUGGUUUGAGUGACAUGGUGUUCCCUCGCCAC